AUGGAAGCCAAGGGAGCAAGACUGUAUAGCUCUAUUAUAGUUCCAUCUGUUCAAGAGAUGGUAAAAGACAAGAUGAUCACGACGGUUCCUCUCAGGUAUGUUCGGUCUGAUUUAGACAAAGCUGAGAUCGCUGAUGACUCUGUUCUAAGAAACGAAAUCCCUAUUAUCGACAUGAAUCGUUUGUGUUCUUCAACCUCCAUGGAUUCUGAGAUUGAUAAGCUCGACUUUGCUUGCAAAGAAUGGGGAUUUUUCCAGGCAAGCCUCAAAACUCAAAAGUCAAACUACUAUUUCAAAACUCAUUCUUUACAAAACAACCCCUCUUCUUUCUUUGUUAGACUAUUAAACCCCAUAAAGAUUUCAAGUUUUAAUAUUGUGGCAUGUCUUUAUGAAUAUCAUCUAUCAGCUUGUAAACCAUGGAAUGGACUCGGGAUUCUUGGACAAAUUCAAGUCGGAGAUUCAAGAUUUGUUCAACCUUCCCAUGGAAGAGAAGAAGAAGCUUUGGCAACAGCCAGGAGAUCUGAAGGGUUUGGACAAGCCUUUGUGGUUUCAGAAGAGCAGAAACUCGAUUGGGCAGACUUGUUCCUCCUUACCAUGCAACCUAUUGGAUUACGCAAGCCUCACGUGUUCCCCAAGAUACCUCUCCCCAUUAGAGAUACACUAGAGACGUAUUCAGAUGAAGUGAAAAGCAUAGCUAAGAUCUUAUUCGCGAAAAUGGCCAGCGCUCUAAAGAUCAAACCCGAGGAAAUGGAGAGCGUGUUUGAUGAUGAGUUAAGGCAGAGAUUGAGGGUUAAUUACUACCCGCCUUGUCCACAGCCCGACCAAGUAAUCGGUCUGACUCCGCAUUCCGAUGCUACGGGACUCACCAUUCUUUUGCAGAUCGUAACGAAUGGAACAUACCGAAGUAUAGAGCAUCGCGGGGUUGUGAACUCAGAGAAAGAGAGGCUUUCUGUGGCAUUAUUUCACAUUGCGGGAUGGGUAAAGAAUUGGUCCGCUGAGAAGUCUCGUGGAAAGGCAAAAGGCUGCGUUUUUCAGAAACGUGACCACCGAUGA